AUGCUAGCUGCGUAUCCUUCGGGAAGUAUCAACAAAUUCCAAAUCCCUAUUUACUACAGUGUUGCUUUGCGCGGAUUCAAAAACGUGCUGUUUGAUACUUUGAUUAGUAGUUGUCCUGUCUCUCUGAGAUCAAGAGUUUCUUGGAGCAAUGUAGAGUGUUAUCAUUCAUCUUUCUCUCCGAAAGGCCAAAUUCAUCAUCGACGGAGAUGGAUGUGUUGUCGUUCACGCAACAACUCGAUUUCAUCGGAUGAUGAGUACCGUUCAUCACGCAACAUAGCUAUAAGUCUGUUACGACGUUACAGGACUGUGAUUAAACGCGGUGAAGGCGAAACCUUAAAAGAAUUCAUUUCUGCUGGUGUGAACGCAUACGCGCUUGGUUGCACAGAUGAAGACUUGAGAAAAGAACUUAUGGCUAUAAAAGAAUCGGGUUUAGAGAUUGAACUAAUGGAGAGUUACCACCGAAGCACACAGACUAAAUCUAAGAUUUUGUUGUCCGAGGUAGAUGAGUGCAUAUUGUGGCUUAGCAUUGUAUUCAUCACAAUCUUGUGUACACCGCAACCAACGGUUGUAAGAUGGUCAUCGACUCCUUCCGUUUCAGAUCAAAUUCUAAGUAAAUGGAGAGGCUUUUGCGCGGUUAUAGCCAAUGCAUACUAUAUUCGGGGAAUGGCAUGGCUGCCGGUGAAGACUCUUCAACUGGAGCAGAUGGCGGUGAUGGGACAAGCAGAGGAGCCGUCGGUUGUGGCCAGCCGAAUGAGACUGGUCUUUAGCACUCUUGAGGUAGUGAGUCCUCAAUGGCCACGGGUAUAA